AUGAAGUUGGUUCAACAUGAGGCUUUUUCUGGCCAUCGUUCUCGCGAAAGCUUAGCUGAUUACUGUCAGCUUGGUGAAGAUCAGCGAAUUAAUAAUACUGCAAUGCUGAUUCCUUUUUCAUUACAUGAAUCAAAUUUAGAUGAGUAUGAUAAUUAUGAAGGCUCAACUGUAAUCGAGGAACAUCAGGAAGGUUUAACUGAAAUUGAGGAUUAUCAAGAAAGCCCAAUCAUUAUUGAAAAGUAUCAGGAAGUUUUAACCGUAAUUCCAGAAGUAACGGAGGUCCCAAAAGUAAUUGAAGCGAACCCAGCUGAAGAGGACGCAAAAAUAGUUAAAAAUCAUCAAGAAGCGAAUUCUUUGAAAUCACGAAUCUUUAAGCCAAAAUCCCGUAAUAAAAAUGCAUCAGUAAUGGCCCCUUUUAAACCACCCGUCAACCCUAAUUCUCCACUUUUCAAUUCAUAUCACAAGAAUAAAAAAAGUCUCUCUGACAUCAGUAAUAACAUUAUUAUUAAACUUCCCGCAA